CAUAUAUCCCCUCUCCCAGCUGAAUCAAUCUUCACUCCAAGAGCAAGAGGACACACACCAUGGGGUGGCCUCCUCUUACACAAAUUCCUCACUACACUCCAUGAGAAGCCACCUUCUUUGAAUCAAAACUUUUCAACACCCCCAAGCUCUCUGAUAUUUUAACCCCCCUCUUUGCCUCCAUCAUCCCAUCCCCAAUUCUCUCCCAAAAAGGAAAAAACACACACACACACACACACACACACACACACACACACUCUCUCUCCUAUAGAUGAAAUGGAUCUUGAUGAGUGGGAACUCCUCCCUGAUGAUGGGUUUCUUGAAAUCCAUGAUGAUGGUGGCAAAAUGAUUUUCUCGAGAAAAUAUGGAAGUGAUCAGAAAAGUGUGUUCAGGAUGAACUACUUCUCCCCCAAUUCUCCGAAAUUGGGAGAGAAACCGGAGAAGUCAAGGGUGCCGAAUCAACUUGUUCCUGUCCCAAUUUUUCAAUUGGAACCACCAAUGAUGAACAAGGCCAAGGAUGAUGAAGUAAGGAAAGAUACCAAUAAGGUACCAAUUGAGAUCAAAUUGGUGCCAUCCAUGCCGAGUGAGCAGAUCACAGCUGCAAACACUGCAGCUGUGGAGGCUGAUCAGGACAUGGUUUCUCAAGUUUUCUUCAAGAAAGAAAACGAAUUCGUCGACAUGAAAAUGGAUUCCCCAAGGUCUGGAACCAGGGGAAUUGUUCCUCAAAUUGAUGUGGGUGCUUUUCAAUUUGAAGAUAAAGAUCAGGAAAAGGAAAGCAAGAGCUUUCCAUCAAAUCUGAAGGCUGAAAAAGAGAACUUGGAAUCACAUGGUGAAGAAGAGGUCAAUUGGGAAGAAAACAGUGGUGGUUUGAACUUAUGGAAGUGGAGCUUGAGCGGAGUUGGUGCUAUUUGCUCCUUUGGUGUUGCUGCUGCCACCAUAUGCAUCAUCGUCUUUGGAGGCAGUCAGAGAAACAAACAGCAUCAAAAGAAUCAGAAGCUAAGAUUUCAGAUCUACACUGAUGACAAGAAGAUCAAGCAUCCAAGUAAAUUGAAUGAUGCAAUUUCAGUAGCAAGAGGUGUGCCACUGCCCAUAGCUCAAAUUACAUGUGGAGGUUACUAUGAUGGUCUGUAGAGCAGUGUGCUUGCAACCAAUCCAGGCCGUUCAUCAGCAUCAACAAUCUCAAUGCAUAGAUAUGGCUAUAGAUGUCAGUUGUACCAGAUCUGUAGAGGAUCUUAUAUAUUUGUAUUUUGUAUGUACAUAGUACUAAUAUAUUGAAUGUAUAUGUAAAGAUUCUCUAUCCUUUUGUCUUCCUAGAUUCCUUAUGUUUUAUGUAAAACUCUGCUUAUUAUAAAUGUAUGUGGGUGCAUAUAAUUAUUAAUUA